AUGCUCUUGGCCCAGAUAAACCGGGACUCCCAGGGAAUGGCAGAGUUUCAUGAUGCAGAUGGACAGCCGGUCACUCUCUGUCUGACAGAGGCUGUGACAGUGGCAGAUGGAGAUCAGAUGGAGAGCAUGGACACAGUCAGCCUGCAGGCUGUUACUCUCGCAGAUGGAUCCACUGCAUACAUCCAGCAUGACACCAAAGGUUCCUUUUCAGAUGGACAGAUCAUGGAUGGCCAGGUGAUCCAGCUGGAGGACGGCUCUGCCGCCUAUGUUCAGCAUGUGCCCAUGCCUAAAGCAGGAGGGGACAGUUUACAGCUUGAAGAUGGGCAAGCAGUUCAGUUAGAAGAUGGAACAACUGCCUAUAUUCACACACCCAAAGAUACAUACGACCAGAGCGGCCUGCAGGAAGUACAGCUGGAGGAUGGGAGCACCGCCUACAUCCAGCACACAGUGCACAUGCCCCAGUCCAACACCAUCCUGGCCAUCCAGGCUGAUGGCACCAUCGCAGACUUGCAGGCAGAGGCCACAGCCAUUGACCCAGAGACCAUCAGCGUGCUGGAACAAUACACCACCAAGGUGGAGAAUAUAGAGAACCCCUUGGGGUCCUUUGGCAGAGUUGAAGCAGACAAUGGUGUUCACAUGCGGAUUGUGUUACAGGGACAAGACAGCAGACCAGGAAGGGUGUCAAAUGUAGGGGAAAAGUCUUUUCGCUGUGAAUACGAAGGUUGUGGAAAGCUCUACACCACUGCCCACCAUCUUAAGGUACAUGAGCGCUCUCACACUGGAGACAAACCGUACAUCUGUGACUAUCCUAGCUGUGGAAAGAAGUUUGCAACAGGGUAUGGACUGAAGAGUCACUCACGCACACAUACGGGGGAGAAGCCAUACAGAUGUCAGGAGUUAAACUGCUGCAAGUCCUUCAAAACCUCUGGAGACCUUCAGAAGCACACAAGGACCCAUACAGGAGAGAAGCCUUUCAAAUGCCCAGUUGAAGGCUGCGGCAGGUCAUUUACCACCUCCAACAUCCGUAAAGUUCACAUCCGAACACACACCGGAGAACGGCCAUACUACUGCUCUGAACCAAGCUGUGGACGGUCAUUUGCCAGUGCCACCAACUACAAGAACCAUAUGCGGAUUCACACCGGUGAGAAACCAUAUGUGUGCACAGUGCCUGGGUGUGAAAAGCGCUUCACAGAAUACUCAAGCCUUUACAAACACCAUGUUGUUCAUACGCCCUGUAAACCAUACAACUGCAAUCAUUGUGGGAAAACCUACAAGCAAAUAUCAACGCUUGCUAUGCACAAACGAACAGCACACAAUGACACGGAGCCCAUUGAGGAGGAGCAGGAGGCCUACUUUGAACCCCCAACAGAUGCCAUUGAUGACCCCAGUGUGAGCUAUACGACAGCUGUGGUCGAGGCAGACGACUCUGGCUCAGAGCCAGUCCCAGUGGAGAGCUCAGACAUGGUCGGUCAGCAGCACGUUGCCCUGGUAACACAGGAAGAUGGAACGCAACAACAGGUCAGUAUCUCCGAGGCAGACCUUCAAGCUAUGGGUGGCACAAUCACCAUGGUAACCCAAGAAGGCACAACCAUAACCAUCCCAGCCCAUGAGCUGGCAACUCAGGGUGCUCAUUCAGUCACCAUGGUAACAACAGAUGGCUCAGAUGAACAGGUGGCCAUCAUGACACCUGACAUGGCUUCGUUCCAAACUGUGGAGGAGGCCGGCUACAGCCAAGAGCAAGAUGACCUUCAUCCUGUCACAUUACUGGCCACAUCCAACGGCACUCACAUUGCUGUGCAGCUUAGUGAUCAGCCUUCGCUGGAGGAAGCCAUCAGAAUAGCAUCAAGAAUACAGCAAGGAGAGUCACCAGGCCUGGAUGAUUGAUCGUUAAGGACAAUGAUUAAGGAUUAAGACUUUCAAAUGGACUAUAUCAGUGGGAGAAAUCAGGAGUCUUCCUCAAUGUUUUUCCACAAAAAAACUUAGCUUUUAUGUGUACAUAGUAUUUUGAUAACUGGAGUUCUGCUGUGCUAUUUUGUCCCUCUACAAGAAAAAUAAUGACAGAGGGGGGAAAAAAAAGGCUUUCUAAUGUUUA